AGCUUGCUUCUUGGUUCUAUAAAUCCCCAGACAAGGACUAUCAUAGGAAUCACCAAUCAUAUACCAAAAUCUAAGUACAUCUCUUAUUUCUCUCUAAGUGCAACCAGAUUUGAAUUGUUUUUUGCUUCUAAUCAAUAUGGCUGAGGAAGAUGUGAAGCUCUUGGGGGUUGUGGGAAGCCCGUUUGUUUGCAGGGUUCAGAUUGCUCUAAAAUUGAAGGGAGUUGAAUACAAAUUUGUAACACAAGAUUUGCAGAUCAAGAGUGAAGAACUCCUCAAAUACAACCCAAUUUACAAGAAGGUGCCAGUGCUUGUUCACAAUGAGAGGCCCAUAAAUGAGUCCCUUGUGAUUGUUGAAUACAUCGAUGAAGCUUGGAAAGGCAAAUCCAUUUUGCCCGCCGAUCCUUACCAGAGAGCCUUGGCACGUUUCUGGGCCAAGUUCAUAGAUGACAAGGUGUUCGGUGCUGCAUGGAAAUCUGUUUUCACCGUUAACGAGGAAGAGCGUGAGAAGAACGUUAAAGAAACACACGAGGGUCUUCAGUUUCUUGAAGAUGAGCUUAAAGACAAGUUUUUUGGAGGAGAGGAAUAUGGCCUUGUGGACAUUGCCGCUGUAAACAUUGCGUUUUGGGUGCCUCUGGUUCAAGAAGUUGCAGGUCUUCAACUGUUCACUAAUGAGAAGUUUCCCAAACUCUACAAAUGGAGUCAAGAAUUUCUGAGUCAACCAACUAUCGAAGAGUGUUUGCCUCCUAGAGACCCAAUUUUUGCCUUCUUCAAAGGUCGCUACGAAAGCCUUCUUGCUUCAGCAAAAUAGAUUUGAUACUAGAGAGGGGGUUGAAAUGAAUGUUGGAGUUUGUUGAGGAAUGUAUUGAGUUUCUUGUGUGGUGGUGUUGACGUGGUGUUGUUCAAUUGUUUUUAUUAGAAUUUCGUUUAUUACAAACGGUACUGUUGUAAACCUCGGAUUCCUCCUUGUUAGAGAAAUCCUACGAUCUUCUCGGUUAAUAAAAGAGUUUGUUAAUCAUAA